AACGUUUCAGAGUAGUUUUAUUAUCGUCUGUGUUAGGAGUCAGCAAUUUUUUUCAUUGACAUUGACAUGCCUGAACCCGCCAAAUCUGCUCCAGCGCCCAAGAAAGGCUCCAAGAAAGCUGUGACCAAAGCGCAGAAGAAGGACGGCAAGAAGCGCAAGCGCAGCCGCAAGGAGAGCUACUCGGUGUACGUGUACAAGGUGCUCAAGCAGGUCCAUCCCGACACCGGCAUCUCGUCCAAGGCCAUGGGCAUCAUGAACUCCUUCGUCAACGACAUCUUCGAGCGCAUCGCGGGUGAGGCGUCGCGCCUGGCGCAUUACAACAAGCGCUCGACCAUCACCUCCAGGGAGAUCCAGACGGCCGUGCGCCUGCUGCUGCCCGGGGAGCUGGCCAAGCACGCCGUGUCCGAGGGCACCAAGGCCGUCACUAAGUACACCAGCUCCAAGUAAUUAUGGCAAAAUGCUUUCAUAUUUAAUUCCAAAGGCUCUUUUAAGAGCCACCCACUUUUUCAACACAGAGUUGUAAUGGCUUGAUGGCAUUUUGGCUUAUUUUACCAGUAAUUCUGGGCCAACAACUGAUGGGAGUAAACCUUUAAAGUUUAUGGAUUGAUUUAGUGAAAAUAAAACACGGAUUAUAGUACACCGUUACUAAGACUCCUAAUAGUAAAAAGGUUUCUUAACGGUCUAGUUAUUCACCAAUAAUCUGCCUACAACACUAAAUUCCAGUUGUUAAUGUGGCAUAAUAAUGAAUGAAUGUAAAUUGAAAAAUUACCAGGACGGGACCAUUUAUUUUGAAUGAGAAUUUUUCCAAGUCAUUUAUUGAAAAGAGAAACCAUUGGCAAUACUCCACAUUUGAGGUCAUGCAUGACACUGCCAGCCCAGGAAGAAACACCCACUUUGGUGCUUCUUUUAAUAUUGUAUUUUUUUCCCGGAUGGGUUUUAUUUUUAUCCUUAUUUACAAGAAUUCUGUUAAAUGAGAAAAUUCGUUCGUCAUUCUAGUUACACAUCGCUGGUGUUCUGUCCUAUGGAAACAAUAAUAAUGAAAAUGUACUCUUGUAAUUAUAAAGUGCUAUGCUCAUGUGGAGUAAGUGCUAAAAACAAAAAUGCUUAGGGCUCAAACCUAGCUAGGAAAAAAAAAAGCUAUCCUUAAUUGCAUUCCUUUCAUGAAUUAAAUAACAAACUUCCCACUCACUAUGUAACAUAAAUGUGCACACACAACAUACACAUUCAAAGAAAACACAAAGAGCAAAAGCAAUACAAAAAAUAGAAAAUAAUGAGAAAUAAAAAAUACCAGAUGGUUGUAGAUGAGUUUAUAUUUCACAAUUUUUGCCUUGCGUUAUCUCAACUAAAUAUCUUAAGGUUUGUAUGAGUCUCAGGGAAUAAACUAGUUAAAAUUAUGUUAAAUAGUUUGUCCAUACAUUCAUCCAUCCAGAGCAGAAAAUACAUAGCUUUCUAUUGACUUCUAAAAAUACUGUGACUUACUGUUCAAGGCACAAUUAUAUCAACCCAGUUAUAUUCAACUCCUAAUUUCUGGUAUCUAUGAACAUGUUAGGUUACAUGACAAUAAAGCAAGGAAGGC